AUUCCUCAGUGUUUUGGAGAAGAGCUUGUUCCUCUCCCGCUCAGCCGCGCAGGUUGAAUUGAUCAAAGCAAUGGUUAUGGAGAAGCCUAGUCCCCUGCUGGUCGGGCGGGAAUUUGUGAGACAGUAUUACACAUUGCUGAACCAGGCCCCAGAUAUGCUACAUAGAUUUUAUGGAAAGAACUCUUCUUAUGUCCAUGGGGGAUUGGAUUCGAAUGGAAAGCCAGCAGAUGCAGUCUAUGGACAGAAAGAAAUCCAUAGGAAAGUGAUGUCACAAAACUUCACCAACUGCCACACCAAGAUUCGCCAUGUUGAUGCUCAUGCUACUCUUAAUGAUGGUGUGGUGGUUCAGGUGAUGGGGCUGCUCUCCAAUAACAACCAGGCUUUGAGGAGAUUCAUGCAGACGUUUGUCCUUGCUCCUGAGGGCUCUGUUGCAAAUAAGUUCUAUGUUCAUAAUGAUAUCUUCAGAUACCAAGAUGAGGUCUUUGGUGGCUUUGUCACUGAGCCUCAAGAGGAAUCUGAGGAAGAAGUAGAAGAACCUGAAGAAAGACAGCAGACACCUGAGGUGGUAGCUGAUGAUUCUGGAACUUUCUAUGAUCAGACUGUUAGCAAUGACUUGGAAGAACAUUUAGAGGAGCCUGUUGCUGAACCAGAACCUGAUCCUGAGCCAGAGCCAGAGCAAGAACCUGUACCUGAAAUCCAAGAGGAAAAGUCUGAGCCAGUAUUAGAAGAAACUGCUCCUGAGGAUGCUCAGAAGAGUUCUUCGCCAGCACCUACAGACGUGGUUCAGACAGUACAGGAAGACUUGAGGGUAUGGAACAUGUCUUUGUUUUAUUCUAUGACCAGUAAUCAGAAGGUCCUGAGCAACAGGCCCAUCAUGUUCAGAGGUGAGGUCCGUCUGAAUGUGGAAGAGAAGAAGACUCGAGCUGCCAGGGAAGGGGAUCGGCGAGAUAACCGCCUGCGGGGACCUGGAGGCCCUCGAGGUGGACUGGGUGGUGGAAUGAGAGGCCCUCCCCGUGGAGGCAUGGUGCAGAAACCAGGAUUUGGAGUGGGAAGGGGAAUUUCUCCACGGCAGUGAAUUGCUCUUCACUGAUCUUCAUGCAGCAGUACAAACCCUAGGUUCUGCAGAAUGGUGAAUUUCUUCAACCAGCCUUUGGUAUCUUGGAGUAUGACCUUAGUCUGUUAUAAACUGCUUAAAUUUGUACAAUUUUUCUUUUUUGUGUUAAUGGUGUGUACUCCCUCCCUCUUCCUUCCCUCUCCUGACCUUUUACUUCCAAUUUUGUGGAACGAUAUUUUAGGAGUAUUGGAUUUUUAAAGAAGAAGAAAAAAGACUGAAUUUCCUUGCUUUAGAUAUACAGACUGGAUUUUUUUUUUUUUUUUUACAGCCAUUUCCCCAAAGGAAUGUGUCUUGCUUAUUACUGACAUUUGGUAUGUUUCAUUCUUUGGAAUAUUUCUUACUUAUUUUCUACAUGUUUCAAAAGCCUGUGGGAAAUACAGGAUUUGAUAAACAUUUUGAAGGCAGGAAAAACCCAAUUGUUUUCUUCUUUGAGAGUCAUGACUACCUUCUGGUGUGGAGAAAUUGCCAUUGGAAAAUUUGACAAUUUUGGUUCUUGCUGGUAUGGUUAAAAACUGAAUAAAAGGUGUUAGAGUUUUUUUCUUUUGAUAUAUGAUCACAAAAUAAUUCUAAAACCUACUGUUUUUACCAUUGAAAUUUAAAUUGUGAGAUAGGUUUUAAAUGUUUAGAAUGCAACCGAUAAGCUUCUCUUGAGCUCUUAGAUUUUUUUGAAGUAGUUUUUUCAUGUUUAAUUUGUAUUUGUAAAAAAAAAACCCCCAAAAUCCCAAAAAUACGAAUAACAAAAAACCGGAGCAAAACUGUUGUGCCUUCUAUUUAUCUUUGAUUCCAGUCUUGGCAAUUGUUUAAAAAAAAAAAUAAUAAAACAUCUAGAUUUGUUUUUUCAGGUUCAGAGUAUGUGGGGAAUUGUAAAAUCCCUCUUUAAUCACCUUGUAUGUUUUUUGUUAACAUCUAUUAUGCCUUAUUCUAAAAUUGAGUCUCAAACUGGAAUGCCUUUGAGGACAGAUGCUUCUAUAGAGGUCCUUUGACUUAUAUAGUUCAGCAUUCAUAUUAAGUUUUAUUUUGGUAUUUAAUCAGAUUCCUAAUCAUAGCCCAUACGAAAGAGUGUGUUUCAUAUUGGACUUUGCUGAUAUGCUCGAGUGUCUGCAAUUUUCUUUUUCUCCAAAUCAUAGCCAUAUGGUGAAUUUUCUAUUUUGUUAUGGUUCUCUUUUAUUGAUGGACAUGCAGUGGGUGUUUUUUGGAAAUGGCCAAUUUUUAUUAAACUAUUUCUGGAAGAAAAUUUAAUCU